CCCUCGGACACAGCGGAUCACUGAUCCACGGAAAGAGCCGAAGAUGUCGGCUCGGUCAUGUGAUGAGCUGUGUCCAAUCACAGCUGAUCACUGAUCAUCAGGGCACUGAUGAUCAGUGUGCCCUGAUGAUCAGUGUGGCCCCAGAAGUGCCACCUGUCAGUGUCCAUCAGUGCCAGCUGACAGUGCUGAACAGUGCCACAUGCCAGUGCCCAUCAGUGCCACAUAUCAGUGCCUACCAGUGCACAUCAGUGCCACAUAUCAGUGCCCAUAUGAGCUGCCCUUCAGUGUCACCCAUCAGUGCCAGUCAGUGC